AUGUUGGGUUGGACACAAAAGUUUCUGGUUCUCCACCAAGGAGGGGCCAUGCUUGGUCAAAAGCCCCUCCCUGGACGUGGUGGCAUCAUGCAGCAGGCCUCCCUAUAUUUUGCCUCCGCUCUCCUCUCUUUCAGGCCUUCAAAUCUUGCCCCUGCUUGCGCGGCUGCACAUCCCCCCCUCCCUUCCUUCCUCUUCCCCUCGCCACGCCCCUGUUUGCUUCUCAACCCGAGAAAGGAAGGAAGGAAACAGGAGAAAGCAUCAACCAUGUCGAAUUCCGCGUCCGGAAUGGCCGUUUGUGACCAAUGCAAACUCAAGUUCCAGGAACUCAAGGCGAAGAGGAGCUUCCGCUUCAUCGUGUUCAAGAUCAAUGAGAAGGUGCAGCAGGUGGUGGUGGACAGGGUUGGGGAAAAAAAUGAGAGCUAUGAUGAUUUCACAGCCUGCUUGCCCGCUGACGAGUGCCGCUACGCGGUGUUUGAUUUUGACUUCGUCACUGACGAGAACUGCCAGAAGAGCAAGAUCUUCUUCAUCUCUUGGGCUCCUGACACAUCAAGGGUGAGGAGCAAGAUGCUGUACGCGAGCUCCAAGGACCGCUUCAAGAGGGAGCUGGACGGCAUCCAGGUGGAGCUACAGGCGACCGACCCGAGCGAGAUGAGCAUGGACAUCGUAAAGGGGCGAGCCCUCUGAAGAAGAGAAAAUCCGAGAACAGCUACUUACUACGUACACCCACACCCAAACCCAGGAGCAGGAGCAGAGGAGGCCUUCAUCUGCGCCGGCUCCUGUUCUUGCAGUUCCUCCCCAUCCAUUUUCCCUGCCAUUCUUUUCCUGGAAGCAAAGUGCUGUGUUCUGUAUGAGACUGUAUGCCGUCUUCAUUCUUGUUUUCCCCCGUGUUUGGUGCCAUAGUCUCUCACUACUGCUGUAAACUAGAACAUAUUCGCAUUUGAUGCCAGGUGUGAAAGCCUAAUGUGGCGUAGGUAACCGCCGAUUUUCACAAAAGAAGAUUUAUUUUAUCCCAUCUGUUGUUCUUGUUUAUCUA